UCUUUUUGUCCUAACUGGCCACCGUACGACCCGUUCUGUUGUUGAUACUGCAGCGCUAGCUAACGUGUGUUGCGUGGAGGAGGUACAUUAAAUACACAUGAAACAAGUCUAAUAAAAACACAUUUUAACGUUACAGUAUUAACAGGCAUGUCGGAGAAAGGAGAGGUAGAUUUAACGGGGGCGAAACAGAACGCUGGUGUAUGGCUGGUUAAAGUCCCAAAGUACUUGUCACAGCAAUGGACCAAAGCAACAGGGAGAGGAGAAGUUGGAAAGCUCCGAAUUAGCAAGAAUCAAGGAAAGGCAGAGGUGUCAUUCACACUCAAUGAGGAGCUGACCACAAUAGAGACUAUUGGAGAGAAGACCUCUAUGGUACGAGCCCCUAGAGAGCAUCCUUUCACUUUGCAGACAGUUGGUGGACAAACUCUGGCUGUUUUUACUGAAAACUCUUCAGGGCAGUCAGAUGCUGAGGCCAGCGGCUCAGGUACUGGUUCAGGCCCAGAUAAAAUCGCACUGGAAGGAGUAGUGGUGCAGAGAGCGGAAUGCAGACCGGCCGUCAGUGAAAGCUACAUGAGGCUUAAGAAACUGCAGAUUGAGGAAUUAUCGAAACCCCUCAGGUUUUCUCAGCAGCUGGACAAAGCAGUUACCACUAACUACAAACCAGUGGCUAAUCAUGCUUAUAAUCUCGACUAUGAGAAGAGGAAGAAAGAAGAAGGGAAGAGGGCACGUGCAGAUAAACAGCAGGUGCUGGACAUGUUGUUCUCCGCUUUUGAGAAGCAUCAGUUUUAUAACAUUAAGGAUCUGGUGGACAUCACAAAACAGCCUGUGAUUUACUUGAAGGAGAUUCUUCGGGACAUUGGCAUUUACAAUGUCAAAGGCACCCACAAAAACACCUGGGAGCUCAAACCCGAGUACAGGCAUUACCAGAGCGAAGAGAAGAGUGACUGAUCCUCUUCAAGAUCACCUGCUUACAUGUGUUUGGACUCAGAAUGACUGAAAUGUUAUUUCUGGAUUAUUUCAAGGAUUCUUCUGUUGUUUUUAGAGCUGCAUCUGAAACUCAUGUUAUGUUUUACAACGCUAAGAUGUUUUAUUGAGAAAUGGAAUUGUUCAAUCAGAACUGAGGGAAAACACGCAUUAUAUAGCAGCAAUUGGUGUAUAACGAGAAGGUGAUGUCAGAAUUUUAAGUAAAAGUUAAGUAAAAUAUUCUGAUUUGGUUUUCUAAUUGAAAUGCAGUUAUUUUGUAUACUAUUUAACUUCAGUAAAUGUUCUUGAAAUAAAGGUUUUGUACAAAAUAA